CGCAGCAGUAAAUUCAACCACACCAGAAGGUGGCAGUAUUAUAAUAUUAGCCAGUUUUAAGCAGUCAUAGGCCUGUGUUUUUGUUUCACGUUGACUGUACACAACAGCUGAGGUAUUUGAGGGCAUGGUUUUAUUAUGCUAAAUAUUUUUAUCAUAUUUAAUGAAAUAUGAAAGAGGGUUUUACUUCAAAAUGUGUCGCUGUCAAAAAGUCCCCUUUGGAAUUAGCUAGCAUUAACUACUUAGCAACGGUUAACUAACUUCUUACUUUGCGGUACAGGUGAUAGACCAUAGAUACAAAGAGAACUGAAUUUAAUUCCCAUUAUGAUUAAGUGUUUACCCAAAGAGGUUCAGGGGAAGCUUCGCUCCGGUGUCGCUAUCCCCUCGCUUCAGCAGUGUGUGGAGGAGCUGAUUUUAAACAGCAUCGAUGCCGGGGCGACCUGUGUGGGAGUCCGAAUGGCCAUGGAGGCAUUUAAAAUUCAGGUGAUCGAUAACGGUGCUGGGAUGAGCGCCGAGGACAUGGACUGUGUUGGGAAUAGAUACCACACAAGUAAAUGCACUUCUGUGGCGGACCUGGACAACCUCAGGUGGUAUGGUUUCAGAGGGGAAGCCUUGGCGAGUUUAGUUUCUUUAGCCACACUUGUUGAAAUCUCCUCCCGGACCAGAUCAUCUGUAAAAACACACGUUAAAAUAUUCAAGGAGGGGAAGGGCUUGGAGGUCUUUGAAGCAGAGGCUGCUCGACCCUCAGCGGGCACAACUGUCAUCAUUUGUAACUUCUUCCACAACAUGCCUGUCCGAAGGAAGAGGGUUGAUGCCGUCCUGGAGGGUGAGAGGAUCAGGCACAGAGUGGAAGCUAUUUCCCUGAUGCACCCCUCCGUUUCCUUCACCCUGAAGAAUGACUGCACAGGAGCCAUGAUGGUGCAGCUCCCGAAAGCAAGAAACACUUAUCACAGGUUUGUUCAGAUACAUAAUCUCGGGCGAGCAGAGAAGCUGGGAGAAAUCAGCCACACAUCCAAACAGUUUGAAGUGAUGGGUUACAUUGGCAGAGAGGGCCACUACAACAACAGCUUACAGUUCCUGUAUGUGAAUGAAAGACUGCUGUUGAAAACACGUAUUCACAAGCUGCUGAAUGUUCUCCUGCGCCGACUUACCAGUUCGAACCAGAAGAAUGACAGUCCAGAUGGGCAGUCUGUCAUCAGAAGUCCAAAGCACAAGCGAAGCCAAGAUCUGUAUGGAGUGUAUAUCAUCAACAUUAAAUGCUCUUACUCGGAGUAUGACAUUUCCCUCGAGCCUGCCAAAACUCUAAUAGAGUUCAAAGACUGGGAUGGCAUUUUGCUCUGUGUUGAAGAAGCAGUGAAAGCUUUUCUGAGGAGGGAGAACUUGGUGGCUGUCAUUACUCAAGACGACUUGGACUAUGCAUCUCCAAGAGUGUUUGGAACUGACAAAACAGAACCAGAAGAGAACAGUGACAAAGGUGGCCAAACAGCUACCAGUAUUUCUACAAUGGACUGUAGCGUUGGCACGAGACUGGCAUCUGAAUCUGUUCAUCGUAAUCACACAGGUCACAGUGUUUCUAAAGAUGGUGUUUGCCUGGAGGCUAGAUCGGAUAAAAGUGAACAACCAGGCCAGCAAAAGAUAAGUACAAAUGAUUUGCAAAAUGUACACAGUGAAAAAGGUUUAAACAAUGCAUGUAGCGAUGAGCUGAUGUCUGAUCUGGCUACAGUGGAACCUUUAUCUUAUAAAAUUAAUAAAGAAGUGGAGCCCGCAUAUAGUGAAGCUGGGGAAGGUUCUAAUAUUUUGCAUAUUUCAAGAGAGCUACUUUUAAAAGAAGGAGAUGACAGCUUCAUUCAACAAGCCCAGCCUGCUUUAAACUACACUGAGAGAAUAGUACCUGACUGUCAGGAUACAAGCUGCCAUGCACAGACUUUAGUAAGUAAGAGAAAGGUCAGAUUGUCUGAUCAAUAUAUUCAAGAGAGUCUGCAGACUCAGGACCUUUUGCAAAACAAUAGGCCAGUAUUUCAGGAGGAAAGUUUAACAGUAAAAUCUGAAGAAAAAGCUUCUGUUGCGAAACGCAAAAUCUCACUAGACACAAGCAGAUCUUCUCAGAAACAAUACAGAGACUCUUCCUCUGUUGUCCCCUCAAAGAUUUCCAAGAUAAUUUCAUGCCAUAAAUUGUCUGGAUCUCUUGACAAGUUUCGACGAACAUGUGUUAAAUCUGGUGAACUCGAAUCACAGUUACCCAAGGCUCAUUUGAAGAACGACACUCCUCAGACAGACCGCGUCGUUUUGAAUACAUCAAUUUUCCAGGAAGUUCAACGAGAAGAUGAGAUGGACAAAGAUGAGGCAAAGAACAGCCUCCAAAGCCCGCCAACUCUCUCUAUUUUCACUAAGAUAAAACCAGAAUCAGCACAGAACCAAGGUAAAACAUCUUUGGCAGCUAAACUCCGUCAUUUGAAACAACAUGGGACAGAUGAUUUAGAGGUAUCAUUAGAUUUUUCCAGAAACAUCUCAAAGGAUACUAUCUGUGUCAGUACUGGAAUUGACGGUAACCAAGAUAGCAAUGAGAUUCCCUGUGACCCUGAGUUCAAUGUGAGGCCAGCCUCAGGUUGCAUUUUAAACCCUGAACUUGCUAUGAAUGAAGAGGAUAUCACAUCGAGCGACUGGCUCCAACAGUACGACGCAUCUGUCGGAAAGACAGUUUAUGUGAACAGAGUGACCGGGCUCAGCAAAUAUGAGGACCCAGCUAUGGAGGAAACUCAAGUGCGCUGCACGUCUGAUGUCACCAAUUUAGCAGUUAGUGUCAUUUCUGAAAUGGGGAUGGAAUACAGGUGUUACCCAUUUCAGGUGGAUCUAGUGUUGCCAUUCCUGCCUAAAUCCAGACCAGAAAGGUUGAUUAGAUCAGGGCCUGAUGGUGAUGUUGGUGAAAGCUCAAACUCACUUUUUUCAUUGUACUCAAAAUGGAAUAAUCCCGUGUUUGUCCGCCCUCCAAUGGUCGGUGUGGAUAUUUCCAGUGGACAAGCUGACGGACUGGCCGUAAAGAUCCACAACGUCCUUUUUCCAUACCGCUUCUCUAAGUCUAUGAUUCACUCCAUGAAGGUUAUUCAUCAGGUGGAUAAAAAGUUUCUUGCGUGCCUUAUUAGUACUAAGGAUGACGAGCUGGUGGAACACACUGAAACUAAAGGAAACCUGUUGGUGCUGGUAGAUCAACAUGCUGCACAUGAAAGAGUGCGACUUGAAAAUUUAAUUGCAGUCAUAGCUGUUUGUGCUGUCACAGAUUCAUAUGAAGAUGACCCAGAUGUCCCAGGAGAGAGAUGCCUGUGUACUUCAACCAUUUUGCCACCUCUUGGGAUCAGUGUAACAGAAGAGGAGAUAAGGCUGCUUAGGUCCUGUCAGCCACAUCUAAGGAGUUUGGGCCUGGAAGUUCAUUUUUCACGGGCAGCAGAUCUAAAAGUGUUUGUCGGGAAAGUGCCAUUGUGUUUUAUGGAAAAAGAGAGUAAUGAGCUGAGGCGAGGAAGACCAUCUGUUAUAAAGCCAAUUGCUGAGGAGUAUCUUCGAGAGCAGAUUGAGCUACUCCGCUCAACAGGUAGAGUGAGAGGAACUUUGCCUCUCACUGUUCUGAAAGUGCUCGCCUCACUAGCAUGCCACGGUGCCAUCAAAUUCAACGACACCCUAAGUAGAGAUGAAUGCUACAGCUUGGUGGCAUCCUUGUCUGCCUGCCAGCUGCCCUUCCAGUGUGCUCAUGGCCGUCCAUCUAUUGUUCCCCUCGUAGAUGUCCUUCAUUUGGACAAAGACCACACGGAAGUCCAGAAACCCAACCUCCGAAAGUUGAGAAGAAUGUAUAAAGCAUGGAAGCUAUAUGGGAAUACUUAAGGUCUCCCCCACCUGCCGGGCAGAGUCUCCUGUCGGGACACUCUGCCAGAAGACGCCAGAGGAGGCGAGCUCUCCAGCGUCCUC